CGCCGCCACCCAGCCAUGGCGAGCGGGGCGUCCGCGCGGCCGCAGCAGCCGGAGACGGGCGGGGAGAGCGGCGGCGGCGGCGGGCGGGAGCGGCCGCAGGGCCCCCAGGAUGCGGCCCCGGUAGAGGUGUCGGGCGGGGCCGGGGCGGCGGCGGCUCUACUCGGGGAGACGGGUCUGGCGGUGGGAUGCUGCAUCGCGGCGGCGCUGAGCUGGGAGCGGCCCCUCCACAGCCUGGGCGGCUUCGUCUGCGCCAACCUGCUCUUCUGGUUUGUUGCGCUGACCCCUUGGAGAGUGUAUCAUCUGACUUCUCUCAUUAUACUUGGACUACUAGUUCUACAGAUAAUAAAGGAUUUGGUGUUAUCUAGGGUAAAAGGUGCACAGCUUUGGAGGAGCAUCACUGACAACUGGGAAGUCAUCAGUUCCAGGCAAGACUACAGACCCAGAAUAAAUCAGUGCCUUUCAGAAGCACUGAUGAAUUUAUUUGUAUUUCUUCAAGAAAUGUCCCACUUCAAGGAACAAAACCCUGGCAAGUUUUGCCUACUAGUCUGCAGUGUAUGUACAUUUUUCACUGUCUUGGGAAGUUACAUUCCUGGAGUUGUCCUCUCCUAUGUCUUGCUAUUGUGUGCCUUUUUAUGUCCUUUCCUCAAGUGCAAUGAAUUUGGACAGAAACUGUGCAACAAAUUCAAGUCUGUUCUGAAGAAACUAGAUUUUGGGAUAGUGGAAUACAUCAACCAGAAGAAAAAAGAGAGAUCUGAAACAGCAAAAACAAAAGCCACAGAAGAUGACAGUGAAUUAGACAUAUCAGCCCUGUGUCCUAAGGUUAGUCCUGCAGUUGUUGCCAAAGAGCUGUCAGUGUCUGACACAGAUGUAUCAGAAGUAUCUUGGACCGAUAAUGGGACCUUUAACUUAUCCGAGGGGUAUUCUCCACAGACAGACACAUCUGAUGAUUUUGACCGACCUAGUGAUCACGAAGAAGCUUUCGCUAGAGAGCUCUCAGAAUUCCCUUCUUUAGAAAAUGGGGCAGGAACAAAUGACGAUGAUGACUCAAGCAUCGGUAUGCCCAUCCAGCAAAACAGAAUAAAAGAACAAAUGUCUUCAAAGGCGGAGCAUUCUUCCAGACCGAGUAAAGAGAGACCAUCCACUGCAGGGCUCUCCUUGCCUUUGACCAGUGACCAAACCUUUAAUUUAAUGAGCGGUAUUGCUGGGGAUGUCAUCGCCGCCGCGGUGUCAGCUGCCAUCAAAGACCAGCUGCAGUCUGUGCAGCCAGCUCCAUCACACGCGGUGCCCAGCUUGAGUGAGGAGACAGACACCGAGGAAGCCGAUGAUUUUGAACUGCUUGACCAGUCUGAGCUUGAGCAGAUUGAGAAAGAACUGGGACUUUCACAAGGCCAAGAAGCAGAAUCCCAGGAAAAAAAGAAGUCUUCGGGCUUUCUUUCACAUCUGCUUGGAAAUCAUUAACCUGGGAAUUGCAGCUGGUGACAUAAAGGAAAUGAAACAUAAAACACACAAAAUCAAAUGCAAAAAAAAAAAAAAAAAAAAAAAAAAGGAAAAUUCUGAGCUGUAAGCUUUAACUAUCACUUUAGAUGUGUUGUAAUAAUUUCCCUUAUGCAGAGUGAAUUAACUGGAUAAAUAUCAGCUGAUACUGAUAGUUAACGUUUCUGGUAGUUAUACCUCAAUGUAAUAGCAUGGAAAUGAAUUAUCUAUCCACCGUUCGGUCGCAGAUGUGGGCUGGAGGUCAGUUGUUCAAAAGGAUUGGGGGAGAGGUUUGUUUUAUCUUAUGCCAAACAUGCACUUUGUGGUCCUGAGCCAAAUUUUCAACAUUGGUGAUUGAUUUACUCAUAGUUGCCAACCAUGCAAUACAAUUAAUGGUUAACACAGCAAGGAUGAGUUAUCAGAGGAUCGCAGCGAGAGUAACUAAAUCUCACCUCCUUCAAUCAUGCCAGGAAGUAUGACUCUCUGCAGUUACCGUUAUGUAUAGUGCAUCUCCUACUUAAGAAUGCAUUAACCAGCGGAAGCCUAGUUUAAAUGUGUGCACAGCACUAUUGGAGAACUUGAUUUAACACUUAAAAAUCUUUGAGUUGUAUUGGAUAUGGUGAUGCAUUUCCACGUUCUUUGCUGUUUUAGGCUUGUAGAGUUGUGAAGUGGCAUGCUAUGUGACUGACCACCUGCUGUGUUCCUUCAGAGUCUGGUCCUUGGCACUAUUGCCUGUGUAAAGUCAGCCAGCACAUUUUUAUAGAUGAGUUACUGUGUAAUCUGAACAGCCUUUUGGGGAGCAGGUGGGAUAGUUAUUGUUCGGACUAGGGAUGAUAUAAAAGCUAGAGGUAAAACGAAGGGCUUUUCUAGCUGCCACUUGCAUAAUUCCAAAUGUUGGGGGGUCUGUUUCUGUUUUGUUUGUUUGUUUUGUUUUGUUUUUCCCCAUAACAACUGCCAUCACCGUCAAAGAAAGUUGUACAAGCUGGAUCUUGUGAGAUACUUAAAGUACUCAGUGAUUUGCUAUGGAAGACACUCAGAGUCUUUUUCCUGGCGUGUAAUUGAAAACAAACAAUCAAACAAAAAUGAACUUGUUUCAGUGACUGACCAUUUUAAACUCCACACGUGCACAGUGAAUGGCAUGGGAUCUUAAGCAGGUUACUCGUUUAACUUUUCCUAGGGCUUCUUUGUUCACCUUUAACAAAAUCAAUACCACGCAAUAGUAAUCAAAGAAAUAGAAAGAAGUAAAGCUAGUUUUUCUACUGUGACAUAAACUGUUAGCAAAGUGGAGGGACCAUGUCAGCUGCUACUACUACUACUGAAGUGAUUUUCCAUUUGCUGGCAUUUUAAGAGGUGAAUACUGUCAUCUAGGACCCUCAGAAAGUUCAGCAACAGAGUAUAACAAUUCCCACUAACGUGUAUGUGUAGGUAAACCUGUGUUUGAAGUUAACUCCAUUCUAAUUACUUUGUUCUUUUCCUGAGGUGAAAAGGUAGGCAGAAGGCCAGAUGCAUUGAAGCUAAAGGACAGAUGCUGAGAAGUUUUGACACUGGCUUUAUCGUCGCUUGUGCUUUUGUGUCAGUAAUGCAUAUUGACUGUGUUUGCUGUCUUUUACCAGUAAAAAAAAAAAAGUGAGCCUGUGCCUUCAUUAUCAAAUCCAUUUCGAGUAAGUGGAUGCUGGAUAUAGAUCACCCAAGAUGCUGCUUUUGAAAUUAUAGCAUCUUACCAUUAAAAGCAAGUUUCUGAAA